UCUCCCUCACCCCCCCCCCCCAACCAUAGACUGUCCUCUGGCCUUAUAAGUCUCCAUGUUCUCAUUUGAAUUCUGGCUGAAAGUCGAAUCCAGUUUGUUACUCAAAUAGCUGUAAUUGUGAACAAAACCCAUAUCCCAGUUUCUCGUUUCUUCGUGGCUAAAGAUUACUGGAGUUUCCUUCUGAUUGCACCAAACUUUGACACCUCAAAACUGAAAAAAUGGUCUUCAACGUCAAACAGUCUCCAGACGCCACCAUAAUUCAGCCAACUGAUGAGUUGCCAUACGAAUUCAUCAAGCUUGAAGACAUUCCCAUCCCAAUGAAAGAUGGAUUCAGGUUGUAUGCUUACAUUUGGAUCCCAAAGGAUGCUGUUGAUGGCAAGCUUUCUGUUCCUGCUGUUCUUGAGUAUAUUCCCUACAGAAAAAACGACGCCACCGCAAUUCGAGACAGCAUUCGCCAUCCCAACUUUGCUGCUAAUGGGUUUGCUUCAAUUAGAGUCGAUCUCAGAGGUUGUGGUGAUUCCGAUGGUUGGCUCAAGGACGAGUACUUGAAGCAAGAACAAGACGACUGUCUUGAGAUCUUCGACUGGAUCACUGCCCAACCUUGGUCCAAUGGCAGUAUUGGGAUGUUUGGCAAGUCCUGGGGUGGUUUCAACUCUCUACAAGUCGCUGCCAGACAACAUCCUGCUUUGAAGACUAUCAUCACUCUCUGUUCCACUGAUGAUAGAUACAAUGAUGACGUUCACUAUAGAGGUGGUUCUUUGCUAGCUUCUGAUAUGCUUUGGUGGGCUUCAACAAUGCUUGUUUACAGCGCAAGACCCCAGGAUCCCAAUGUUGUUGGCUUUGAAAACUGGAGAAAAAACUGGUUUGAGAGAUUAAACACUCCUCCAAACUCAAUUGAUUGGAUCUCUCACCAAACAAGAGAUGAUUACUGGAAACAUGGCUCAAUUUGCGAAAAUAAUUACCAAAAUGUUAAAGUUCCUGUGUUAGCCGUUGGCGGUUGGAGAGAUGGUUAUACCAACCCAAUCUUAAGAAUGGUAACCCAUUUACCAAACAAAGAUUCAAAAGGUAUCAUAGGUCCCUGGGUUCAUGAAUACCCAGAGGUUGCUACUCCUGGUCCCAGAAUUGGUUUCCAGCAAAUCGCAAUGGAAUGGUGGUCAAAAUAUUUGUCCAACUCUACUCAAAAGAGCCAUAAAUACUUUGACCUUGAUCAAUUAAAUCCCUUAACUGUCUACAUUCAAGAUCCUUCUUCUAUUAAAGACUCCUACGAUUAUAGAGCUGGAAAAUGGGUUUCUUUAGAAUACCGACCAUCAAAUCAAAAAUACUUAACCUACCAUAUUGACGGCCAAGGGAAUUUAUCAAAAACAGAAACUUCAAAAGAACUAGAUAUCAAAUUUACCGGAAUUCAAGAAUAUGGGCUUUUGAGAGGUACCUGGUGUCCAUUUGGUCAAGAAGGUGAUUUUCCUGCUGACCAAAAAAUUGAAGAUUCAAAAUCUACAACCUUUGAUACAGAUUUCUUGGAAAAUGAUAUCGACCUCUUGGGCUUCCCAGAAUUGAAUGUAUCUGUCUCCGUUGAUAAACCAGUUGCAAAUUUAUCAGCAAGAUUGGUUGAUUUAUAUUACGAAAAUGGUCUUCAGAAGGAAAACGUUUUGUUAUCUUGGGGUAUUUUAAAUCUUUCUCAUCGCAAUUCACACCAAUUUCCAGAACACUUGGUUCCUGGAAAGAAAUACGAUAUUAAUAUUAAAUUGGAUUCAUUGGGUAUUAAAGUCGUGAAAGAACAUAAAUUAAGAUUGGCCCUAUCUCCAACUGACUGGCCCCAAGCAUGGCCCACUGCCGAAACCCCAAUUUUUACUCUAUACUCUGGCUCCUUGAAAUUGCCCUUUGUAGAAGAGAAUAGUUAUAAACAUAUUGAAUUUCCUUCUCCUUUAUAUUACAAACCUUGUGACAGAAUAAUUCUUAGAGGUGAGAAAAGAAGCAGAGAUGUCGUAUAUAAUACAAUUGGAAGCACUUGGACAAUUGAGGAUUUUUCUGAUGAAGGAUACAGAAAACUCUGUGUGCCUGGCUUUUCUAAUGAUGGCAUUGAGUUUGGUUCCAAGAAUAGAAAUAUUUGGAAAAUUGAUAUCGAUGAUCCUUUAACUGCCUAUAACCAAUGUGACUGGGAAUUGAAUAUAGGUAGAGAUAAAUGGCAGGUGAAAUUGGUGAGCACCAGCGAUCUAAAGGCAGAUAAGGACAAUUUUUACUUGCACAAUAAAUUGACAGCUUAUGAGAACGAUGGUGACAAAAGGAUUAUUGAUAUGAAAGAAGUUUUCCAAAAAGAAUGGAACAAUACAAUUAAAAGAAAUUUUAUCUAAAUUCGUCCUAAUGACAAUAGCUUUUUAUUUUUAUUUUGCUUAUGCACAAUGACAAAAUUAUAAUAUUAAUUAUUAUUUUUACUUAAUUUACAUACUAUAUAUAUUACAAACAAAUAAAACAGAAAUUGUAUUA